UAUACAUUUUGUAGUUUGCAAACACUUCAGAUUGUAUACAAUUAUUGUCUUUCAAAUAAUUGUAUUUAAAGGAUUUGAUUUCUGUUGUGAUUCUAUUUUGAGUUAUUGACAAUUGUAAUCAAAUACUGAAAUGAGAAUAGAACAGAAAACAAUUUCAUGGGCUUUAAUUGAAUUUGUGAUGUUCUGUUGUAAUAAUUAUCAGUGAAAGAGUAAACUCUUGGUUCUAAGUUUUUAUUCACUCAUGAAAAUGCUAAUCAAUUCAAAAAAUAUGAGUGAGAAAGCCGAUGAUGGAUAUAGUUUAUUGUCUUAUUUCAAAGUUUUUCCUGGAUAUGCAGAUAAUCGACGAUUAAAAGUAACAUGGGAUUGGAGUUCAAUGGAAAUAGCACAAAAUCUACUUCAACAAGCAAAAAUUUUAUAUUAUAAUGAUUUGGAUGUUGAUCUAUUCGGUCAAGAAAUUAUACAAAAUUAUCAAAUUAAAGAAUUCGAUUUAACCAAUCUUCAUCCAGAUACCAAAUACUUAAUAUGUUUUCGUGUAACACGUAAACGAUUUGUUGACUCUUCAAUGCUUUCAUCAACUAAUCAGAGUAAUAAUGACACAGCAAUGAUAUCAACAUCAACAAUUAAAUCAUCUCUGCAUCAGUGGAAUAAGACACUUAUCAUGUCCAAUGAUUUACAACAUAUUUUACAUAAACAAAAAACCAGCAGUCCAAUCAAUACAUAUCCACAUGUUGCCUUUUUAAAUCAAACCCAUACAUUACAAUCAUCAGUGAACAGUGCAAAAUUAUUUAAUGAAUAUGUUGCUGAAAUGCAAUGUCAAAUAACAUUAACUCGAUUUUUACAUUGGACAGCAAUUUUAUGUAGUUUAAUUGGUAUUAUUGUAGCAUUACUUUUAUCUAUUACAAUAAUUUGUAUUUUGAAAUCACGUACUUAUCAAAUAAAACAACGUCAGUUGAAAAUGUGUUUUAAUCGAAAAACUCAAUUAUCACUAGUUGGACAUGGAAAAUUCAAUGAAAUUCAUACGGAUGAUGAUGUUGACGAAAAUAAUUUGACAAAUUCUACUAAACUAGUUGAUGCCUGUCAUCAUCCACUUCAACAGCAUCAUCAACAACGUCAUCAUCAUCAUCAUCUUCAUCAUCAUCAUCAUCACCUUCACCACCAUCCACAUUCACAUCAUCAACAUCAACAUCAUCAUCAUCACUAUCAUGCUCAUCACCCUCAUCCUCACCAUCAUCACCAUCAUCAUCAUUUCUCUCUUCAAAAUGUUCUAAACACACAUAUUCGUUAUGAUUGUCAUUCAAAGAGAACAACAAUUAGAAAAUCAGAAAGUGGCAAAGAUCAGAUCAACAGAUCAAUGUCAUCUUCACCAUCAACAACCAUAACUAAAACACCAACCAUUUAUUGUAAACCAUCAUUGGAUAAAUUAGAAAUAAUCAAAGAUGCAACUGUUAAAGUCAAUAAGCCAUCAGAUAUUAAAAAGAACAAUGAAUUGAUGUGUCCAUCGAAUCAACAAUUAAUUAAUGAAUGGGAGAAUACAUUGAAAAUAAUUGAAACCAAUCAAACAAUCAUGAAUAAUGAUAUUAGUUUAAAUCAGACACGAAAAUCAUCUAAUACCAAUCAUACUACUAACAUAAUCAAUGACAUUCAUGACAGUAAAGUAAUGGAAAAUGAAACGAGUGUUUCUUAUAAAGAUGUCAAUACUACUACUACUACUACUACUACUACCACUACAAAUGAUAGUACUACUAAUAAUAAUUCAGUAACAUAUCACUAUAAUAACUCAAUUGAUAAUAGUAAUAAUAAUAAUAAUAAUAAUAGCAAUAUUUGUAUUAAAGUUCACCAGGGUAAUAAUAAUAAUAAUAAUGAUAAUAGUAAUCAACUAUCGGAUUCACAAAAUGAUGAUAAUUUUAAUAAACCAAUUGAAUAUGAAAACCCAGUAAAAUACAGUGAACUCAUAUCACAUUCAAUGCCUUGUUUAAUGUAG